AUGGUUGACCGCGCCAACCGUCCCUCUGCUCUGAAUGCACCCAAGAGCUCUGGGCCCAGCGCACAAGUCGAUGUAGUCGGUGACGGAGGUAGCCAGAAGGUCGUAGCAUCGCUGCCGUCUGGUGAGAGCGUGGAAGUCUACCUGUUUGGUGCUACCGUAACUAGCUGGAAGAGCAAUGGCGGACAGACAGAAAACCUGUGGGUCAGCGAGAGCGCAGAUCUGACCGGAAAGAAGCCCAUCAGGGGCGGUGUUCCAGUCGUCUUCCCGAACUUCGGCCCUCCUCCCAAGACGGGCCCCACGUCGCAACUCUCCCAACACGGUUUCGCACGCAACUCACGCUGGGAGUACCUAGGCAAGUCGUCCACCGAAGACGCGCUAGACACCAGCUCCGUAAAGCUCGAUUUUGGUCUCGACCGCAAUGGCAUCAGUGAGGAACACCGCAAGGCAUGGCCGCUAGACUUUGGCCUGGUGUACAGCGUCACGUUGAGCAAGGACAGCUUGCAGACAGUCAUCACUGUACGCAACGAAGGACAGGAGAGCUUCGAGUUCCAGUUCUUGCUGCACACCUACUUCAGGAUCAAGGACAUCUCCAAGGUCUCCGUCAACGGCCUCGGAAGCGUAGAAUACGUUGACAAGGUCCUCGAUGCGACCACGCACACGCAAUCAGAACCCACCCUCAGGUUCAAUGGCGAGGUCGACCGCGUCUACAAGGACAUUAAGAUCGACACCACAAGCAUUCUGGAGGACGGCAAGCCUCGGUUUGAUGUCAUCCGUGACAACGUUAAGGACACUGUCACCUGGAACCCGUGGAUUGAGAAGGCAAAGGCUACGGCCGACUUUGCACCGGAUGAUGGUUACAAGCAGAUGGUGUGCGUUGAGGUUGGCGCUGUCAAUGGAUGGCAGAAGCUGGAGAAGGGCGAGGUUUUCGAGGGUGGUAUGCUUGUCAAGAGCCACCUAUAA